CUUGGAUUCGGCGUUGGACUCUUUUUCUCGCUCCUGUUUGGCUCCAUGUUGCUAUUCCUCCAGAAGUUCACUGUGUGGACCUGUGCCUACAUCACGGUGGGUGUGGCCUGCGUCUCCGGCUUUGGGAUGGGCCUCUCGAAGAUGGUAAGAGCCGACGUCGCCGUGAUGCUCCCCUCCCUUUGCGCAGGCCAAGGCAGGACUUUGGUCUCCCUGCUCCUGGUUUCGGUCCUGGUCUCUGGUCCGAUCUCCAACUCUCUCCACAACACCGAACUGGUCGCCUCAAGCCUGCUUUGCUCCGCUCAGCUCUCAGCCAAUCAGACACAAGAGAUUCUUCGAAGGGCCGCCUCUCCCCUCUCAGCGUCGUUGGAUAAACUGCGUGAGAUCAGCAAUAACGCCUACGAAACCGCUGGUAGAAUCCAGAACCUGAUUGACUCCCUCACUGAUAAUGUUCGCCAUAUUGCUCGCUCUCUGAGGAACCUGCUGCACUUUCUUGUCGACAUCGGGGACAUCUGUAACAAGGAGAUGGGCGCCCCCUACAGCAAGUGCAGACAGCUGUUUGAAGAGGCCAGGCUAGACUGUAAUGAGCUUCUUGGAGAUUUCAACUUCCUGUGUGAGAUUGUAGAUGGUUUCAUGCCCCUAUGUGACCUAGCCAAAGCUGGAGAACUAUUUUGUGUCAUCCCAUCGUACGUGGCAGAGCAGCUAAAAAAACGCCUAGCAACUCCUGUGGUGGCGGCUUUCGAACAGCUUAAGAAGGAGUUUGUUUUUGACCUUGACGCGUCAGUUACUUUUGAUCUGGACGUGAACAGCAGCCAGUCUCUACAGGAAAUGACACAACAGAUCCUGAAGGAAGUGACAUCAGAGUUGUACCUGCUGGAGAUGCUGAGUCAGCCCCUGAACUACCUCGCAGUGCUGCUUUUAGUGUGGAGCUACUACAAGGCGGCUCGCUAUCGACGCCGCUACCUUCGAGAUCUGGACUUUGACAACAUUUACAUUGAUAACUCCUUCAAAGAACUGGACCGUCAUGUGACCUCAAGGGGCGGGGCAUCAGUUCUGCCAAUCACAGCACAAGAAUCAAAGCUCUACAUCCAUCCGUUAUCUUUUAGAAUGUCACUUCAGGAGAGGCGAGCAGUCCUGGCAGACGUGUCUUCUGCACUAACACACUUGCUGAUUGCUGGAAUCCUGGUGGCACUGGACUUUCUGAUUUUCUGGAUCUUAGACCAGGUUCAGCACCAAGUCUCAGCAGACAUAGUAGUACGACCUCCGGUGAAAGUCCAAGUAUCAGUGAAUGGGUCUGGUUUUGCGGCAGACAUUUACAGAGACUUGGUCCACUCUUUCCAGAUCCUCCAGAACCACAGUCUCACGGUUUUCAGUCGAGCUUGCGUUGUCAAACCAAGACCCCCGGACACUGGCACCUCCGUCACUCUCGGGUUCCUUUUGGGUUUGUCUCUUCUGCUCGCUAUUUGCAAAGGCUUCGUGCAGAGAGCAAGAAGAGUGGUCUGCUCCUGGUUCCAUCCCCAAAGAGAGCUGGAGCGUCUUUGCCAUCUCCGGAGCAAAGUCCUGGAACAGCGUCGAUGGGAAAAGAGGGCUCAGAGGACUGUCUUCAGAACACCUCUGCUUAGAUCCAGAAACAGAGGACGUAUUCAGGCUUUUCUACUCAGAAUUCCUGGAGGAUCCAGAAUUUUGCAAGUCCUGGGUUUGAGAAAUACCUCUUGCAUAUCAUGUUCCGAAGAGCUGAAUCUGGAAUCGGCUGUGAACUGUGAUUCUCCCACCUGCAGCGCUGUGUAUUGUAGUUCGUGCUUGCUGCGCUGGGCUAACUCCUGUGUGGGGUGUGGGCGACCUCUGACCUCUCAGGAUGACCAAAGUGACAUGAGUGACCUCGAGCUUGGAUCCAGUGAUGAAGAGGACUGGAGCAGGCUGCUUGUUUACUUCCUGACACAGGCUAAAUAUUUCACGUGCUGCCUUCAUGUUGGUGCUCAGGGUAACACUAAGGAGAUGUGUCAUCACUUUGACAGCAGUAAACAACUUGCAUAUUCGGAGCUGUAA